AGGAGCUGGCGGGCAGAUGGCGAGGUCCCAGGCCCGGGGGUGUGUCCUAUUCGUCCCUGGCGCAAGAUGGCGCUGCCUUUUGCACGUUCGUUUUGCUCAUGCCGCUGGGGAGCCAAACGAUUGGGGGUUGCCGCCGCCGAAGCCCGCAGAGACUUCAGCUUCAAACUGGACGAAAAAACCGCCCACAGCAGUCUAGCGCUCUUCAGAGGUGAUACAGGUGUCAAAUAUGGCAUAGUGGGAUUGGAGCCCACCAAGUUGGCCCUGAAUGUGCAGCGCUUCUGGGAGUGGGCUGUGGUGCUGGCAGACACAGCGGUCACCAGUGGCAGGCACUACUGGGAGGUGACAGUGAGGCGCUCCCACCAGUUCCGGAUAGGAGUGGCAGAUGUGGACAUGUCUCGGGAUAGUUGCAUCGGUGUUGACGAUCGUUCCUGGGUGUUCACCUAUGCCCAGCGCAAGUGGCACACAAUGUUGGCCAACGAAAAAGCCCCUGUUGAAGGCAUCGGGCAGCCAGAGAAGGUGGGGCUGCUGCUGGAGUAUGAGGCCCAGAAGCUGAGCCUGGUGGAUGUGAGCAGGGUUGCUGUGGUCCACACUCUUCAGACAGAUUUCCGAGGUCCAGUGGUACCUGCCUUUGCCCUUUGGGAUGGAGAGCUGCUGACCCACUCAGGGCUUGAGGUGCCUGAAGGCCUCUAGUAUGUCCGUUGCUGGAGUCCCUAAUCAUGCUCUCAAUCAUUCUCUGAAAGUGUCUGAAACCUUUUAAUUUUGCCACCAAACAGUGUCUCAUUUUGGAAACACAGUGUUGGGUUCUCUGUGCAAUAUCUUAGUCUUCUUCCUCUCCCAUACCCUGUGAAAGCUGGGCAUAUAGCCACUCUUCCCCAUCCCCAAAUUACUGCUGAUUUCCCAAGCUAUCAUGUGUGUACUUUGCCUGACUGGCUUCCUUCAGCUCCUCUGCCUCCUUGUACCCAGGGCUUUCUCAGACUGCAUUCAGUCCUGGGGUGUUAGCUUUGAACUUUGAAUUUAUUCAUCACUGUGAUACCUCUGCUUCCCUUUGCCCCAUAUAAUCCCCC